UAGUAAUCUGCAUGCUACUGUUUACCAGAGUGUCAUCAGCGCUGUUUGGCUAACCCCGUCGGGUUCGUUCCGCCCAAUUCGAAAAGUAAAUGCUCGCAGACAAGUGACAUCCAACGGCAUGCACUCGUGUAUUUCAGAUAUCUGGUCUGUCUGUUGGACAGGUCGUUUUUAUUUCGGUCUGUUGGUUUUUGUAGUCGUCGUUAAUGAAGUAAGCGGUUCGUCAAUAGCCACUAACGGUAACGAAGGAACCAAAGGGAACAUUAAGUUUUCACUCGAUUUGUAUAAGAAACUGGCAGAUGUAAAUGGAAAUCUUGUUACUUCUCCAGCCAGCUUGGAAAUUGUACUGGCACUCACUUAUAUUGGAGCUAAAGGAAGUACAGCUAGACAAAUUGCUAGUGUCAUCAACAAAACAAAUGAUCCCAAGUCUGUGAUGUCUAGUGCCCUUUCCCUACUCAAAGUCCUGAAGAGUGCAGACAAUGUGACUCUUGAGUCUGCCAGUGGCAUGUUUAUUCAAAAACAUUUUGAAGUGAAGAAUGAGUUCAAGUUGGCUGGUGAAUCAUUGUCUUCCGUUGCACAGAACACUGAUUUUUCUCAAGCAGAAACAGCAGCAAGUUUGAUAAACAAAUGGGUGGAACAAGCUACAAAUGGAAAGAUAAAGAACAUGGUUUCAGAAGACAGUAUCUCUCCUUUCACAAAAUUAAUACUUAUAAAUGCAAUAUAUUUCAAAGCACCAUGGAAAAUUCCUUUCAAUAAGAAGCAGACAUCAAUUGAGCCAUUUUAUACUACUCGAACUCAGAAGAAAGAUGUUCCUAUGAUGUAUAUGAAAAAACGUCUAGGCUAUAGUCAACUUGAUGAAAUAGACAGUGAUGUUCUUGAAUUACAAUAUGAGGGGCGGAACCUGAGUAUGGUAAUUUUGUUGCCACGCAAGAUUGAUGGUUUGAGAAUACUGGAAAAUCAACUUCGUGUUGCAGAUAUUAUAGAGGCUUUCAGAACAAUAUAUCCUGCUGAGGUAGAAGUUACAUUGCCUCGAUUCAUGCUACAAAAUGACAUAAAUUUGAAUCCUACGCUUAUUAAGUUGGGAUUAAGUGAUAUGUUUGACAGAAACUUGGCAGACUUCAGUGGAAUUUCUGAUACUGGUCUCUUUGUGAGCCAAGUGAAGCAGAGAACUUUCAUUGAAGUGAAUGAAAAGGGCACAGAAGCAGCUGCCUCAACAACUUCAUCAAUCAGGAUGAGGAGAAGUUUGGAACAAGAGAAGAUAUUCAGAGCAGACCACCCAUUUUCUUAUUUCAUUUUUGAUAAGACAUGUGAUGUAAUUUUAUUCUUUGGGAGAAUUGUUGAUGCCACACAGCGACCAAACUAUCUAUUACGAGAUGAACUAUAGUAAUAUAGAAGUUAGAGAAAUGUGUUAAAUACCAAUUUCAUAAGUGCCUCUGUUAAUGCUGAAUCCAUUGUAAGUGCAUCUCAUCUCAAAUAAGCACAGGAGAGUGUUUAGUGUUUAAAUACACAUCAAUGCAGUUUUUGUCUUGUCUUGGGGAAGUCACAGCCACUUCAUAGUAAUAACUGUAUGUGUCUGUCACUGUCCAGUAUUACAUAUGUAUUUGGUUUACAAGUUCCUUUUAGAAAAGUAGAGGAAAUGUAAAUGAUUAUCAGUCAAGUAUCUGUGAAGUCAAGAAAUGUAUAGUGUAACAAGCUAUCAGAGGAAACUAGCAAGGGUUAGCACACUCGAUUCGUAUUUGGGAGGGUGACUGUACAAACACGCAUCUGGCAACCUUGAUUUACGCUUUUCAUGAUUUCCCUUAAUUGCUUGAGGCAAAUGCUGAGAUGGCUCCUUUGAAAGGGGACAACUGAUUUCCUUUCCCAUCCUUCCCUAAUCUGAGUUUGUGCUCUAAUGACCUCGUUGUCGACGGGAUGUUAAAUACUAACUCCUCCUCCCUCCUAUCAGAGGAAGUUCAGGGACAUUGGUUGCGUGUUUUGACAUCAGGAACACUCUUGCUCCUGCAUCUCAUUAGAAAGUAAAUCAGUAAUGAUGUGUAAUAUGUUCUUUUGGUAUGUGUUAAAGGGUUCUCAAAUGUCAGAAAGGUUUCUUCCACAUUACUAACUAAAAUGUUUCCUCAAACAAGAACGCACAAUUUGGAACACACAACCAAAAAAAAUUCUAUGUGAGAUAAAUAAAGCAUUACCAAGACAAAAUUUGUUUAAAUUGUCCACUGUUUCUUUAGAGUAGGAAGCCAAAGAUGUUGUCUAUGCCCUGUACAAAGCAUAGAUCUGUGCAUGUGGCACUAACUUUCAUGAUUUCAUUUAUUAUGAUAACCAUUUUAUAAGUAAUGUACUGUAUCAUGUGUCAACUGAAAAUUGAUAAAGUGUAUGUGGCGUUGUUUGAGAAGUAAUUAGGUAAUGUACAUCAAAUGGGGAUGCCUAUGAAAUACAUUUGUAAUGGCAGCUUUUAAUAGGAGUAUAGUAGGAAUAGUCAUUUUUGUUUACUUAUUGAUAAUGUAGUUUGCUGUCUCGGUAAUGAAACUGUAUUAUAAAAGAACUACAUUCCAAAUAACAGCUGCUGAGAAGAGUGAAAUGUAAUUCAAAUAAAUUAUUUUCUCUUAAAUUCACAGUGUAAGCAAGUUACUGGUCUUUACAGGUUGACAUGUUAACAAAAUGAAUCAAGAGGAGUUGGUAAAGGUUGUGAACAUUUAUAUUAUGAAAUAUCUAACUAAGUAAUAUAAAAAUGUCCAUCAUUUCAAUCCAGCAUGUUCAUGCUUGUUAUUUGAUUACUGUGCCAAAAAAUUGUAUA